AGCAAGUGCUUCUCAAUUCUUCGACUGGGUCCAAACCAUGUUCGCAUCAAAUUCCAGGGCGGCUUCGUCGACAGCAACUAGACGGUAUGGGCAUGAAAUAAACAUGGUGCAGAUUUGUCUGAUGUGCCGCAGUCUGAUGAAGGAAUACCGCGAUCUCACAGCAGACCCGUUGCAGGACUCGAUUACAGCCGGUCCCAUCUCUGAGGACAAUAUGCUCGAAUGGGAGGCUCUCAUUCAGGGACCUGAGGGCACACCAUACGAAGGUGGUAUCUUCGCCGCCAGACUCGUAUUCCCUCCUGACUACCCGCUUAAUCCCUUCAAGAUGACUUUUGAUCCACCUAUAUUGCAUCCAAAUGUGUAUAGAAACGGAGAGGUCUGCAUCAGCAUCCUGCAUCCUCCUGGGGACGAUCCUCUUCGCUACGAAAGCGCUUCUGAAAGGUGGUCACCGGUUCAGGGAGUCAGGAGUGUCCUUCUCAGUGUUUUGAGCAUGCUGGCAGAGCCUAAUGUCGAGAGCGGCGCAGAUGUCGAGUGCUGCAAACUGUUCCGCGACAAUCGCCUUGAGUUCGAUCGAAGGGUACGGGAACAGGUGCGGAAUCUCCUUGGCAUUUCGACAUGA